AUGAUCCCUCUGGAUAGUCAGAUCGCAGCUCUUUUUCACAGGCAACACGUUUGCUCACGGUUUCUCUCUCAAUACUGGCCUCGUCUGGUUUCUCUUGCCGGCACUGCUCUUGUUGUAAUUCCUGCACCAGCGCCGAUGGCACAUGAAAGCUUUCAAAUUAAGAAGGAUCUCAGAGUAUCGCUUCCCUCUAAAGUGAAAGAAAAAUGCCUGGAUGCCAAAUACCGUACCGUACCAUACUCUGACCGACCCAGUGCAAAUGAUUUGGAUCUAGAAUGGCGUACUGGUAUUAAUGGUCGAAUGGUUCUGCAGGAUAUCGACUCAACAUCCCGAGUGGAGCCAGGUGGCUGGAAACGAGUCAAUACAUUGGGUCACUACAAUGUACCGAAUAACUCUGUUUUGAUGUUGACAACUAGGCAAAACUCUUUGUACAAUUUGUCGUUGCUUUCUGAAAGAAGUGAAAAAUCGACACUCAGCCUGAAGAACAGUCCGACGCUCUCACGACCUUGGGUUGGAACAAAUAGCAGUAGCACAUCGAAGGAUGCCGAAGGUCAGAAACUUUACCAUCUAGUCAAGCCGAGUGAGCAUGGUCCAUCUGAAAAUCAAGAAAAAAUGGUCACAGAAAUCUACCUCACUAGGUUGCUUAUGAUGAAAGGUACCCUCCAAAAGUUCAUCAAUGACUUGUUGGAAGCUAUUUUUUCGACGUCAUCAAGAUCAGCACCGUUACCAGCAGCAAUCAAGUACAUGUUUGACUUCAUGGAUGAACAGGCGCUUGAGCACGGCAUCACAGAUGCAGAAGUGGUUCAUGCUUGGAAGAGCAACGCCUUACCAUUGAGGUUUUGGGUAAAUCUCAUCAAGAAUCCGCAUUUUGUAUUCGACAUCCAAAAACCGACUAAGGUGGAAGGAUGCUUAUCCGUUGUGGCGCAAACCCUCAUGGAUGCAUGUUCUACGCAAGACCAUCAACUUACAAAGGAUUCGCCAUCGAGCAAGCUGUUGUUCGCCAAGGACAUGUACCAGUACAGAGAUUGGGUUGAUAGUUACUAUUCGGAUAUUGCUCGGUUAGCUCCGAUAUCCGAUCAAGACAUGGCGAGCCUGCUAAAUGAGGAGUCGAGGAUUCAUCGUGGCCAAUUCCAUGUGUUCUCAGCGCUAAACGAGCUCUACAAAUACCUUGACCAGUAUAAGGAGCCUAUCAUGGAUGCACUUGAGCAUAACGAACACGCCCAAGCAAGUCGGCUGCCAGGGCGACUUCAGGAUAUGCUGGCGUUGAUGGAAGCAGAUCAAAGCCGAACGGAUUACGAUAGCUCUACGCUUGGCAUAGGCUACAAUUCGAACAGUCGUCUAAUGCCUCGUGAACGAAUGUGA